AUGCACAGCGGCAGCCACGUGUGGGACACGGCCUGCCUGAGCGCCCAGGACCUCCUGGAGGUCUACGGCUUGGACGCACAGACGGGAAUCUCCAGCCAGGACUUCUCUCGGCUCAGCCCGGCUCUGCUCCAGCAGCAACUGAGCGGGGCCUGCUCGGGCCUGCCCGCGGGCUCCGGCAGCAACCGCGACGGGCGCCUGAGCGUGGCUGAGAAGUACAUCUACGGCUCGCUGGCCACGCUGGUCAUCUGCCUUUGUGCCCUGAUGGGCAUCGGCGUGCUGCUGUGCACGGCCUGCAUCAGCACCUACCAGUACGUCAUCCAGACCUUCCUCAGCCUGGCCGUGGGCUCGCUCACCGGCGACGCGCUGCUGCACCUCGUGCCCCAGUUCCUGGGCCUGCACUCGCACGCGGACGAUGGCCACGGGCACGAGCACGGCGCGGCGGUCGCAGGCAGCACCUGGAAGCUGCUGGCCGUGCUGGGCGGCAUCUACGCCUUCUUCCUGCUCGAGAAGUUCUUCAGCUUCCUGGUCCAGGCGGAGCACCAGGAGUCGGCCGGGAGCCACACGUGUGACCACGCCAUGUCGCUGCAGCUCUACCAGGAUGAGAUGAGGCGGCGCAAGCAACUCAGAGGCGCCUCACAGACCGACCUGGUGCGGGCGGAGGAGGCCUGUCUGGGCAAGGCCGGCAAGGAACAGUACAGCCGGGAGCUGCGCAUGAUCCCCUACAUGAUCACCAUCGGCGACGCCAUCCACAACUUUGCGGACGGGCUGGCCGUGGGCGCCGCCUUCUCUACCUCCUGGAAGACCGGGCUGGCCACCUCGCUGGCUGUGGUGUGCCAUGAGCUGCCCCACGAGCUGGGGGACUUUGCGGCACUGCUGCACGCGGGGCUGAGCGUGAAGCGGGCCCUGCUGCUGAACUUCUGCAGCGCCCUCACUGCCUUCCUGGGCCUCUACAUCGCACUCUCAGUCACAGCCAGCGCCGAGUUCGAGGCCUGGAUCUUCACUGUGGCCACUGGGCUCUUCCUCUACGUGGCCCUGUGUGACAUGCUGCCGGCCAUGAUGAACGUGCAGGACGAGCGGCCCUGGCUGCUGUUCGUGCUGCACAACGUGGGGCUCGUGGGCGGCUGGGCUGUGCUGCUGCUGCUCUCGCUCUACGAGGAAAACAUCACGCUCUGAGCCCCCGCGGGGGCAGCAGGGGGCGGCACGGCCACGUGGCGGGCACGGGCAAGCUGGGAGCCGUCGCAGGACCCCGGGGACAACACGCACAUGCGUGUGCAUGCACGCACAUGUGCACGGAGCAUAUGGGACCUGCUGUAUUUAUUUAAUUUAUUCCACUGGAAGUGGCGGCACCGCCCCGACACCUCUCUCCCGCCCAGCCCCUGCGGGCAUCAUCCUGCCCGGCUCGCGGCACAGGGACAGGGACAGGGACAGGGACGGG